AUGGAGAAUGAGGAUGUUGCCUCAAUUCCUUCAACACCAGCUACACCUGGCACUCCUGGUGCUCCACUCUUUGGUGGGUUCAAAGGAGAGAGAGGUGGCCUUGGAAUUGGAAGGAAAUCACUUCUUAGAAGUCCAUGCAAGUGCUUUAGUGUUGAAGAAUGGACCCUGGAAGAAGGGAGACUCCCUUCAGUCUCUUGCUCAAUCUCAUUACCUGCUCCCCUUCCUGUCUCUCUUGCAAGAAAGGUAGGAGCAGAAUUCAUAGGCACAUUUAUACUCAUGUUUGCUGGGACUGCCACAGCCAUUGUGAACCAAAAAACACAAGGGGUGGAAACCCUACUCGGCUGCGCCGGCUCCACCGGUCUCGCCGUCAUGGUCAUCAUAUUAUCCAUCGGCCACAUUUCCGGAGCCCAUCUCAACCCCGGUGUCACCGUGGCCUUCGCUGCCUUAAAACACUUCCCAUGGAAAAACGUACCGGUGUAUAUCGGAGCACAAGUAGCGGCAUCAGUAUGUGCAUCAUUUGCACUGAAAGGGAUAUUUCAUCCCUUCAUGGGAGGGGGAGUGACAGUGCCUGCAGAAGGAUUUGCUUACGGGAAAGCUUUUGCUUUGGAGUUUAUUAUCAGCUUCAAUCUCAUGUUUGUCGUCACCGCUGUGGCCACCGACACUCGAGCUGUUGGGGAGCUGGCAGGAAUCGCUGUGGGAGCUACUGUGACUGUUAACAUACUCAUAGCCGGACCUUCGACUGGCGGUUCAAUGAAUCCGGUAAGAACACUGGGUCCAGCCAUUGCGGCAAACAAUUACAAGGCCAUAUGGGUCUACUUAAUAGCUCCCAUCCUUGGAGCGCUGUGUGGUGCAGGAAGCUAUUCUGCAGUGAAACUGCCAGAGAAAGACGAUGAAACUCAUGAAAGGCCUACAACAACGAGCUUCAGAAGGUGACCAAAGAAGAGCAUCCCAAGUCGUACAAAAAUAAUCAAAGAACUCAGUCUGAACAAAUUGCAAAUGAUCAAGUAGUUGACAAUAUGGAGACAGCUGCUCAGUGAUUCCGGUGGUACAUAGAAAAAGAGGGAAAAAAACAAAAAAAAAAAAAAAAAAAAAGAAUAAGUUUGAAGCCUGUAUCAAUCAUAUGUAUUAUA